CUGCGGAGGCUGCACUUCGUCUUGUACCGCUUAGCAUCAUGUCGGGGAGCCUCUUGAAGGUGCUGUGCAGCGACUCUUACGUGGAGCUGAGCCAGUACCAGGACCUGCACUUUUGGGGUGACAAUGAAGAACAAGAAAAAUUACUGAAGAAAAGCUGUACAUUGUAUGUGGGAAAUCUUUCAUUUUAUACAACUGAAGAACAAAUUUAUGAACUCUUUAGCAAAAGUGGUGACAUAAAGAAGAUAAUUAUGGGUUUGGAUAAAUUGAAGAAAACAGCAUGUGGUUUCUGCUUUGUGGAAUACUAUUCAAGGCCUGAUGCAGAAAAUGCCAUGCAUUUCAUCCACGGGACUCACCUGGAUGACAGGAUCAUCCGCACAGACUGGGAUGCUGGCUUCAAGGAGGGCCGGCAGUAUGGCCGCGGGCGCUCUGGAGGCCAGGUUCGAGAUGAAUAUCGGCAGGACCAUGAUGCUGGAAGAGGGGGCUAUGGCAAACUGGCACAGAAGCAGUGAGAGGCGAGCGCCCUGUCAGUGCAGAGAUGCCCUCCUUGGAUGGCUGAGUCGC